CAAAGUCUAACAAGAUAAGCCAACCAUACAAAAUAUCUUAUACUUGAUAUAACUUCUAGUCUAGCGUUUGCAACGUAUUCCUAUUAGAUAAUGGAUAGAGUAAGAGACUUGGCUUCUAAGAAAGCUGCAGUGAUCUUCACCAAGAGUUCUUGUUGCAUGUGCCACAGUAUCAAAGCACUAUUCUAUGAACUUGGUGCAAGUCCCGAAAUUCAUGAAGUCGAUCAUGAUGCUGACAUGGAGUGGGCACUAAAACGCCUAGGUUGUAAUCCCGCAAUCCCAGCAGUGUUCAUAGGCGGUAAAUAUGUAGGCUCGGCUCGAGAUGUCAUUUCCCUUCAUGUUGAUGGAUCUCUGAAGCAAAAGCUUAUUGAUGCAAAAGCUAUAUGGUUUUAGCUAGUAGUGUCAUAAGAAAAUAAAAGUACUAUAUCGGUUUGUGUUAUGGUAUGGUAAUUAAAUAGCUACUGCAUCAUGUUAGAAGAAUAACAUGAUUGUAAGUGUACUAAGAGCUGCUCUUUUUUCCUGCUCUCUUGACUGUACAUAAAGAAGUCACACUUUGUAAAUUUUGGCUUCCUGGUGUUCAAGAUGCACACUUUAUUGUUGUUACCAUUUUCUUUAUGAUAUUUUCAUUACCGUAGUUUAUAUU